UUGAUUGAGCAAACACCCUGGCUCCCGCCGCUCUGGUACAAAAGCCGCCAUGGUGAAGCCGCCGCCGAAGAUGACGACCAAGGUCCCGUCCAAGGUCAUUGCUCAAGAUCUGCAACAUGCGAUGCAUGUCUUGAGCUCGCCCCACCGCAUCCGGGGCAUGGACCUCAGGUACCGGAAGAUCGGCGACCGAGGUGCAGAGUGCCUGGCUGAAGUGUUGUUGGAGAACAGCAGCCUGCAGAGGCUGGAGCUGGACUUCAAUGGCAUCUCCUCGGGGGGCGCGGCUCGUCUGGCCGAGGUCCUACCGAAGAACUCCACGCUGACGCACUUGUAUCUGUGCCACAACGCCAUCGACGACGAGGGCGCGAUCCACCUGGCGUCGGCCCUCGAAGCGGGCUGUGCGCUGAAUCAGUUGUACCUCUCCGGGAACCGCAUCACCCGCCGUGGUGCGACCGCGACGAUCUUGGCUGCUUUGCAGAAAUCUGGCGCGGUGAUAGAUAUUGACCUCUCCCUUCAGAGCGUGCCAGAGGACUGUAUCCAAGAGAUCAGGGCCGCGUUGCUGGCCAACGUUCAGACGAAGGCGGCGUCCCGAGCGUGAGCGGACCGACUCGGCGUUUGUGGCGGUGUGUAAGAACAUGCAAGGACUGACAAUCCAUUUACAUUUUGCACUCCGUUUUAGAGCUGCAGCCUUCCAUCGAGAAUCAAAUGAGGG